CCGGCGGCGCGGGGCCGGCCGGAGGGGGGGGCGCCGGCGGGCGGGAGCUUUGCAUUUUGCAGCGCCGAGCUCCGAGGGGGCGGGGGCUGCAGGAAGCGGAAAGCCGCGCCGAGCCGCCGGGGACCCGCGGCCGAGCCAUGUUGAGCCCCGCCAACGGGGAGCAGAUCCACCUGGCCAGCUAUGUGGAGGACUACCUGGACUCCAUCGAGUCGCUGCCGUUCGACCUGCAGCGGAACGUCUCGCUGAUGCGGGAGAUCGACGCCAAGUACCAGGAGAUCCUGAAGGACCUGGACGAGUACUACGAGAAGUUCAAGCGCGAGACGGACAGCGCGCUGAAGCGGCGGGCGCUGCACUGCAUCCAGCGCGCCCUGAUCCGCAGCCAGGAGCUGGGCGACGAGAAGAUCCAGAUCGUGAGCCAGAUGGUGGAGCUGGUGGAGAACCGCGCGCGGCAGGUGGACAGCCACGUGGGACUCUUCGAGGCGCACCCCGAGGUGAGCGACGCCCCCGGGGGCGGCAAGGGCGGCCCCGAGAAGUCCAAGGGCGACACGAUGGCACAGGCCGACAAGCCCAACAACAAGCGCUCCCGGCGCCAGCGCAACCACGAGAACCGCGAGAACGCGGCCAGCAACCACGACCACGACGACAUGACCGCGGGGACGCCCAAGGAGAAGAGGGCGAAGGCGUCCAAGAAGAAGAAGCGCUCCAAGGCCAAGGCGGAGCGCGAGGCGUCGCCCGCCGACCUGCCCAUCGACCCCAACGAGCCCACGUACUGCCUGUGCGACCAGGUGUCCUACGGGGAGAUGAUCGGCUGCGACAACGACGAGUGUCCCAUCGAGUGGUUCCACUUCUCCUGCGUGGGGCUCAGCCACAAGCCCAAGGGCAAGUGGUACUGCCCCAAGUGCCGCGGGGAGAGCGAGAAGACCAUGGACAAGGCCCUGGAGAAGUCCAAGAAGGAGCGGGCGUACAGCAGGUAGUGGGCGCCGCGCCGCGGGAGGGCGGGCGGCCGAGCCUCCGGUGACCACAGCGUGGGGAGCGGGACGCGCGUGCGCGGCGGAGACUGACGGGGGGCGGGGACAGGCUGACCGGGAACCUAACACGCUCAGUGUAAAAAGAGAUUUCAUUUAGCUAUUUUAUUUUAAUAAAAAUAAUGUUAUUACUUUAUGGGGGAAAUUUUUUUGAAUUAGCCACGUUGCUAAAAGUACAGUCCGCAGCAAGCUCACUUCUGGCUACGGUAACAUGUAUCCACAGAACAGAUCCGAUUAAAAAGUUCCAGUUUGGAGAUUAUUUUUUAAAGAAGUAAAGGCUUGACUUUUACGUGACAAACACCUCCUCUCUGGGCCAUUCCCUAAGGGGCAUUUUUAAACGAACGGGCACAUUUUUUUCGGCGCCCAGCAGGUGGGGUCUGCCUCCCCGGCCUGCGCUUUUGCCGGGGCUGCCCCCCCGGGUGUAUAAAUGUACGUGUCCUGCGGGCGGGGCGGCCCUCGACCGGGAAGCGUGCAUGCGUGCUGCCGUGAGUCGGUGGCGCUCAGCCUGCUGCUCUCGCAGUAUUUCAUUUUGACGUGAGUCGUUUUUAAAUGUUUGUCUUAACAGUGUGUACACCAGCAGCUUUGACAAAGCCUUAAGCAAGUUUUGUAUUCUCGUCGUCACCUUCCCAGGCCCCAGGCGGUGCGGGGCCCCAGCGGGUGAGGGUCCUGGCAGCAUGCCCUCCCUCGGUGGGGCCGAGCACCCCGGGACCACCUGCUUCUCUGUACGGCCCCUGAGUUCACUCGGAGCUCUUUGUUGUUAAACGGUUAAAAACCAAUCAGAAAAAGAAUCCUGUGACACAUGAAAAUUAUGAAAUUCAAAUUUCAGUCUCCGUAAAUAAAGUUUUAUUGCACAGAGUG